GACCUGUAUAAAACGCGCGACCUCGGCGCGGCCAUGGCGAACCACCAGUCCACUCUACACACGCACGCCUUCCUCGCGCGUUCGUUCUAGUCGUAGGCCCCGGCCGGCGAUCCCCAGCUUUUUAAACUCGCCACCGCCAACCAAAGCGCACGCCAGCGACACACCAUGGCCGGGUACCGCCGCACCAUCUCCUUCCCGACCCCGAGGGCCAGGACGGACGCCGCCGCCAACGGCAAGCUCGCCGCCGCCUACCGCGUCCGCUCCGCCAGCCUCCCCUGCCGCUUCCACCCGCUCGUCCUCCACCUCGACGACGACGUCGCCGCCCUGCGCCUCAUCAUCGCCCGCGGCCCCUCCUCCUCCUCCUCCUCCGUCCUCAGCGCGCAGCCGCAGUCCGCGCCCGCCGUCACCGCGGCCGCCGCGCAGGUCGUGCGCGUGCUCGCCUCGCUCUCCGACCUACUCCACCACCCGCAGGCGCAGGACCCACUCCGCCGCCUCGCCACCUCCCCGUCCCCGCUCGCCGACCGCCUGCUCGACGACUUCCUCCGCCUGGCCGACGCGCACGGCACCUUCCGCGAGUCCCUCGUCGCCCUCGCCGCGCUCCAGUCCGAGACGCGCGCGGCCCUGCGCCGCGGCGACCCGGCCCGCCUCGCCUCCGCGGCGCGCGCGCAGCGCCGCGCCGCCCGCGGCCUCCCGCGCCUCGCCGCCGCCGCGCGCGCCGUGGCCUCCAGGCCCCCCGCGCCGCUCCCGGCGGACCUGCAGCCCGAGACGGCGGCCCUCGCGGCCGCGGUCGCCGACUCGGCCGUCGCGGUGGCGUCCGCCUCCGCCGCCGUCUUCUCCGGCGUCUCCGCGCUCUCCAACGCCGCCGCCGCCGCCCGCGUCCAGGUCGCCUCCACCCCGUGCUGGAUCACCGCCGCCCAAACCUCGCCCAGAACGUCCUCCCACCAGCGCGUGUGGUGGGUCGCCGACCUCGUGCGCUGGAUGUCGCGGGCCAAGCGCCGCUCCGCCGGGAGGCAAUCCAUAGCCUGCGCCAACGACGACGACGCGUCCACUUCAUCCACCUCGUCCACGGCGCGGCUCCGGCCCGAGGCCCGCGUGGAGCCGGAGGAGCGGGCGAGGAAGGCCGCGCUCGAGCUGCACGACAACCUGGAGCGCUGCAUCGCCAGCGUCGACGCCAGCGGCGACAAGGUCUUCCGGGCCCUCGUCAACACCAGAGUCUCCCUGCUCAACAUCCUCAGCCCAACAUUCUGAGCGCUCAACCAAAAUUAUUUGAGAUCUUUUUGGUUUUAGCUUUCAUGUUUGGACAAAAUUUGUAUAUAGUACGUAGUACUGCUAGUAUAGUAUUGUGCCCCGGAAAUGGAUGCCGCCGGCUGUGAGUGCGUUCCACCUGCAUCUUUCAACGAAGAGCUUUCGAUCCUGGCGUUACGAAUUGCAAGAUCUACAUCUUUUGUCACGGUUCUUGACAGCAACCCUUGAAAAUUCAGAUACCGCACAUUCCCAUCUCA